AUGGCGGACAACAGCACCACGACCGAAGGUGCCUCCACCGGCUUCGUUUUCUACCACUAUGAGCCUUCUAUGUCCAACCUCAUCCCCGUCCUCAAGCACGACUCGACUGACAUUUGCCUAGUUGAAGCAGUUGGAUAUGCUGGCCGAGCCAUGUCCGCGGGCGAAGCACCCGAUUACACCAAGAACCCCUACAUCAUCCAGUCGAUUCUUCUCCUCCUCGGCCCCGCUUUAUUCGCCGCGUCAAUCUACAUGGUUCUCGGUCGCUUGAUUAACCUUCUCGACGCCGGAGAAUACUCUUUGAUCAGACCCAAUUGGUUGACCAAGGUCUUCGUGCUAGGAGAUGUGCUGUCAUUUUUCGCUCAGUCUGGAGGUGGUGGUAUGUUGGCGACUGCCAAGAAUAGCGAUAACGUGAAGCUGGGCGAGAACAUCAUCGUUGGCGGUCUCUGCAUCCAGAUCCUCUUCUUCGGUUUCUUCAUCGUCGUCACCCUAGUCUUCCACCUUCGCCUCUCCCGCAACCCGACACCAAAGUCUCAUACGGUUCAAACUCCAUGGAAGGGUCUUCUCUUUGUUCUUUACGGCACCAGUUUACUCAUCAUGGUUCGUUCGCUUUUCCGAGUUGCCGAAUACGUGGGAGGCAAGGACAGCGAGCUGCAAGCCAAGGAGAUGUACAUCUACAUCUUCGAUGCGACGUUGAUGGGCAUCACAGCUAUGGCCUUCAACUGGUUCCACCCAAGUCGUGUUAUCAACAACCAGGCUACUGGCUUGAAGCAAGUCUCCAGCUCAGAGGUGCUCAACGAGGGAUACCUGAUGGAAAGCGGGCAGUACCCGAAGCCCCAACAACAACAAUACCAAGACCCACGCUACGAGCCUUAUCAAGGAGCCGCCGGUAAUCAGGGGUUUCGUAGGUGA